UUUUUCUCAGCAUCAUUUCAUUUUCUUGACUCAUUUUCAACAGUCUUUGUUAUAAGAAAGAAGAAGAAACAGCGUGAGUUUGAGUUUUACACAGGGAAAGCAUAACUCAGUAGAGAGAGACAGAGAGAGCUUCAAGUUGUUAACAAUGGCGGGUGGAGCGUUUGUCUCUGCAGGAACCGGGAAAGAAUAUCCCGGAAAAAUUACUCUCUAUGUUUUUCUCACUUGUAUUGUUGCCGCUUGCGGUGGUCUCAUAUUCGGAUAUGAUAUUGGUAUUUCUGGCGGAGUUACUGCAAUGACUCCAUUUCUGCAGAAAUUUUUCCCAAAAGUUUACAGACAAGAAAGCGGUGCUGAUUCAACCAACCAAUACUGUAAAUUUGAUAGUAUUCCAUUGACGUUAUUUACAUCAUCUUUGUAUCUAGCGGCUCUGGUAGCUUCAUUUUUUGCCUCAGCUGUAACAAAGAUUUUUGGACGUAAGGUUUCCAUGUUUGUUGGAGGUAUAGUUUUUCUUGGUGGUGCUGCCAUCAAUGGUGCUGCUCAGAAUGUUGCUAUGCUUAUUAUCGGUCGUAUUAUGCUUGGUAUUGGUGUUGGUUUCUCUAAUCAGUCUGUGCCACUAUACCUGUCUGAAAUGGCACCAUACAAAUUCAGAGGAGCACUUAACAUAUGCUUUCAACUGAUGAUCACAAUUGGAAUUCUAUGCGCCAAUCUAGUGAACUACGGUACAGACAAGAUUAAGAGUGGUCAAGGAUGGAGGGUGAGUUUGGGUUUAGCCGGUGUGCCCGCACUUAUAAUCACAAUUGGUGCUUUAUUUCUUCCUGACACUCCAAACUCCAUCAUUGGCCAUAACAAACCAGAAGAAGCAAGAAAACAUCUUCAACGUAUUCGUGGCCCAGUAAACAUUGAUGAGGAAUUUAAUGAUUUAGUUGCCGCUAGUGAUGAAUCUAAGAUGGUUGAGAACCCAUGGAGGAACUUAUUGCAGAGAAGAUACAGACCUCACUUAUGUAUGGCCAUACUUAUCCCAUUCUUCCAGCAACUUACUGGUAUUAAUGUGGUUAUGUUUUACGCACCUGUGCUCUUCAAGACUAUUGGUUUUGGCAACAAUGCGUCACUUAUGUCUGCUGUCAUCACUGGUUUGGUCAAUGUCUUUGCCACAUUCGCUGCAAUCUUUAUUGUGGAUAAAAAGGGAAGAAGGUUUCUGUUUCUCGAGGGUGGUUGCCAAAUGUUUAUCUUUCAGGUUCUUGUUGGUGUUUUGAUUUGGAUUAAAUUUGGGACUGAUGGUAUUGCAGUAAUUCCCAAAGGGUAUGCCAUUCUUGUUGUAUUCUGCAUCUGUAUGUUCGUGGCUGGAUUUGCUUGGUCAUGGGGUCCUCUAGGAUGGUUAGUCCCCAGUGAAAUAUUCCCACUGGAGAUUAGAUCAGCAGCUCAAAGUAUUAACGUGUCAGUGAACAUGUUAUUCACAUUCAUUAUUGCUCAAGUUUUUCUAAGCAUGUUAUGUCAUAUGAAGUUCGGAUUAUUCUUCUUCUUUGGUGGUUUCGUGUUCAUCAUGACCAUAUUCGUCUACUUCUUUGUACCCGAGACCAAGGGAAUUCCGAUUGAAGAAAUGUCUCAAGUGUGGAAACAACACUGGUACUGGGGGAAAUUUAUUCCUGAAGAUGGUCAUGUGGAGAUGGCGAAGCCUGCAAAAACGGUGGCUUAAUCAAGAAUGAGUGACACGAUUAUAGUAACCAAGAAAACAAGAUGGUGGACUUCAUUUUCUUUGGUUUCAUCAUCAUUUUAUUUAGUUUAUCAGAUUUGAAAGGCACUAGUUGGGGUUAUGGUUUCUCUAGUUAGUAUUCGAAUAGCUUCCUUGUUAUGUCAUUUUAGUAGUUUCAUAUAGAUAUUCCAAAUCUGUCAAUAUCUUUACAUAUUUGUGAUGUGUUAUGGUGUGAUGGUACAAAAUAUAUUCACAUUUUAAUUCAACUCUUGUUACAUUUA